GAGGAAACCGGAGCUCCCAGAGGAAACCCAAGGGGACACGGGGAGAACAUGAAAACCUCACACAGAAAGGACCCGGACCGCCCCACCUGGGGAUCGAACCCAGGACCUUCUUGCUGUGAGGCGACACUUAGCCACCGUGCCGCCCCGAUGAGUAGGUACACCAAGGGCAAAUUAUACAAAGAGACGGAACACCAAUAAAUGCUACGAAGAAGACAAAGAAAUUGUUAUCCAGGCGGGUGGUUGUGCUGGUAUGUGUGUGGACCUCAUUCUCUUCCCACUGGACACUAUGAAGACCCGUUUACAGAGCCAGCAGGGCUUUUACAAGGCCGGGGGAUUCAGGGGCAUCUACGCUGGUGUGCCUUCUGCUGCCGUCGGCUCCUUUCCUAAUGCUGCUGCAUUUUUUGUCACUUACGAGGGAACCAAGUCUCUCCUCGGCGGUUACUUCUCCACGAACAUGGCUCCGGUUACUCACAUGCUCGCCGCCUCCUUCGGAGAAAUCGUCGCGUGUCUGAUCCGAGUUCCUACUGAAGUGGUGAAGCAGAGAACUCAGGCUUCUCCAUCUCUACAUACACACCAUGUACUGCUGACCACACUCAGAGAAGAGGGGUUCUGGGGCUUGUACAGGGGAUUCAGCAGUACAGUACUCAGAGAGAUCCCGUUCUCUUUAGUGCAGUUUCCUCUGUGGGAGUAUUUAAAGACCGUAUGGUGGAGGAGGCAAGGGGGACGGCUGGACUCUUGGCAGGCGGCGGUGUGCGGAGCGCUCGCAGGUGGUGUUGCGGCGUUUGUUACGACUCCCUUGGAUGUAGCCAAGACCAGAAUAAUGUUGGCCAAGCCCGGUACAGCCACAGCCAGCGGAAACAUCCCUCUGGUUCUGUACGACGUGUGGAAAUGUCGAGGUGUGUACGGGCUCUUCGCCGGUAGCAUCCCCAGGAUGACCUUCAUCACCGUGGGCGGCUUCAUCUUCCUCGGAGCUUACGAGAAAGUCCGACGAAUGUUGCUGUAGACUGACGUGUACCUGCUGAACCUGUUUCAUAUCUAGAUGCUUCCUUAAUGCCGUGAAGCCAAAAAAGAAACACUAUAAAGAUGGUUGUAGGUUUGCUACAGCGAGACUGGCACGCCUGCCACCUACCGUCAGAUCACAAACCGUCCAAUUAUCUUUGAAGAAUAUAUUGAGUUUUAACGACUGGAGUUUGAUGUAUUUUGUAUUAUGGCUGUUUAGAAGAUGGAGAUGCCAAAACGACUGUGUUUUCCAUAAAAAUGAAAAUAUUUGUAUUACAAUUUUUAUGUUUAUAAUAAUGUUGUUUUUUUGUGUGUGUUGGGUGGAUCAGUGCAUGAGUGUGGUUGUGGGGUUUUAUGUAGGGUGGUUGGGUUGGUCUUGGAUUAGUGUGUUAUGUAUGGCUGUUAGGUUGGUGUGUUUGAUGUAUGGUGGUUGGGUUGGUGUGUUGUGUAUGAGGGUUGGGUUGGUGUGGUUGGGUCGAUGUGGUUGAUGUAUUGUUGUUGGGUUGGUGUCUUUUGGGUAUGGAUGUUGGGUCGGUGUGUUUUGGGUAUGGUUGUUGGGUUGGUGUGUUUUAUGUAUAGUUGUUGGGUUGGUGUGUUUUAUGUAUGAUGGUUGGGUUGGUGUGAUUGGGUUGGGUUGGUAUGGUUGUUGGGUUGGUGUGUUUUAUGUAUGAUGGUUGGGUUGGUGUGAUUGGGUUGGGUUGGUAUGGCUGUUGGGUUGGUGUGUUUUAUGUAUGAUGGUUGGGUUGGUGUGAUUGGGUUGGGUUGGUAUGGUUGUUGGGUUGGUGUGUUUUAUGUAUGAUGGUUGCGUUGGUGUGAUUGGGUUGGGUUGGUAUGGCUGUUGGGUUGGUGUGUUUUAUGUAUGAUGGUUGGGUUGGUGUGGUUGGGUUGGUAUGGCUGUUGGUUUGGUGUGUCUGUUGGUUUGGUGUGUUUUAUGUAUGAUGGUUGGGUUGGUGUGAUUGGGGUGGGUUGGUAUGGCUGUUGGGUUGGUGUGUUUUAUGUAUGAUGGUUGGGUUGGUGUGAUUGGGUUGGGUUGGUAUGGCUGUUGGGUUGGUGUGUUUUAUGUAUGAUGGUUGGGUUGGUGUGAUUGGGGUGGGUUGGUAUGGUUGUUGGUUUGGUGUGUUUUAUGUAUGAUGGUUGGGUUGGUGUGAUUGGGGUGGGUUGGUAUGGCUGUUG